UCGUAGUGCAGUGAGAGAGAGUGUGUUGUUUAUGUGUAUUUUAUCAAAUAAUUUGUCAGUAUUGCUCGAAAAAAGAUACACGAAAAUUUCGUAUUAGCUCUGAUUAUCAUUCGUCCGUCUGAGAUAAAUCAAAUAAAAUAAAGUAUUAAAAUUGUUUGUUAUUGAUGGUGAAGUGAUUCAGUACAGAUGAACGUAGAACCAAGUCCCAUCAACAAUCCAGUGAAAUAAAAGAAAGACGAAGAAGAAGAAGAAGAAUUGUAAAAACAUUGUCAGAGUUAAUAGAUUUGCUACGCCAUCAUAAUAGAAGUGCAAUACUUUGCAAAGAAUUCCAAUUGGAAAUUUUGCAAAUUGAGCAAGAAAUUUUUGUAUCGAAACGUAAAACGAACAAAAGAAGUUUUCACGAUGUCAGGCGGGCCAUAUAAUUAUAACUUCAUUUUUAAAUACAUCAUUAUCGGCGAUAUGGGCGUUGGGAAGAGUUGUUUGUUGCACCAUUUCACGGAGAAAAAAUUUAUGGCCAAUUGUCCACACACGAUUGGUGUCGAAUUCGGUACGCGCAUCAUUGAGGUGGCAGGACAAAAAAUCAAGCUACAAAUAUGGGACACGGCUGGUCAAGAACGUUUCAGAGCUGUCACACGGUCAUACUACAGAGGCGCUGCCGGUGCAUUAAUGGUUUACGAUAUUACACGGCGUUCAACGUACAAUCACUUAAGCAGUUGGUUGACUGAUACGAAAAAUCUAACAAAUCCAAACACUGUGAUAUUUUUAAUUGGCAACAAAUCGGAUUUGAGCAGUACCCGUGAAGUAACCUACGAAGAAGCAAAAGAAUUUGCCGACGAACACGGACUUAUGUUUGCAGAAACAAGUGCAAUGACUGGAGCACAUGUUGAGGAUGCAUUCUUAGAAACAGCCCGAAAGAUAUAUCAGAAUAUUCAGGAUGGUCGUUUGGAUUUGAAUGCAUCAGAGUCGGGCGUACAACAUAAACCAUCACAACCGGGUCGAACAACUUUAACGAAUGAUACUGCAGCGAAUAAGGACAACUGCUCGUGCUAGUUUUACUUUGCUUUACUAAAUAACUUUCAUUUAUUUAAAGAUUCCUCGAACCACCUUCAAACUCUUUAGACAAAAUCCACUUCAAUUUUUUUUUGGCCGAAGAAAAAUGAGGAUUCAUAAUUUUUUUCGGAAGAAAGUGCACGCGAACGAUUGAUAUUGAAAAUUCAUGAGUUCUUUCUGUGUUUUUUUCGUGGUAUUCGUUGGAAAAUUGACAUUUUUCAGACUAUAAACAUAAUGUAGCUUAAACUAAAAACGCGAAAAACCUACCAAUUGCGCAGAUGCUAAUUUUUGUCGUUCGUUCUGUUUUCUCUAGACAAACAAUUUAUGUAUUACUUUCCUUUUUUUAGCAUCACAUACAUUUUGAAGCCAUUCAUUUUUAGGAAAUUCGUCACAAACAAACAAAACAUGUUACAACAAAAUACACACACGUACAUUAUAUUAUCUCAAUAUCGACAAAAUGAAAACCAGAUUUAUGAAUAGAUUAGCUAAAAUGGAUCAUAGUUUAAAUCAAACUAAAAACUUAUAAUCAGACACACUCUACUUAAAAUAAGCUAUUAACUGAUUUGUGUAUAUAUUUAAACAAAUAACAAAUACUUGUAUAUUUAAUGAACAGUAAUUGAGGAGCGGCAUGAGUGCAAGAUAGAGAAUAUUUUAUUCAGAUUAUAUUUACCGUAUUAUGAUUUAAAUUGUUUUUAUUCAUGACUUGACAAAAAAAUAGUGUUUUUAACUUUUGAAUGAGAACAGAAAUGAAUGAUUUAUUUGUUUUUUUUUAAGAAAGGUUAUUCGAAUCAGAAUUCAAAGACCAUAAUAUUUAUCUCGUGUACUUUUAAAUAAUCAAGUGUCAACAUCACAUUUUAUUAUCAAUCCAAAGUAAUUUUCGAAAUUCUCAUACGAUCAAUUCAUGGACUUUUGAUGAAAAAUGAUAUUCUCUCCAUCCCAACCAAAAGUAUUAUUAUUGGCUGUCUCAGUCAAAACAAUGAGAUUCAAUUUUAGAAGAAAAUUAAUAACAAAAAUCUGUCCAAUAACAUGAAUUUAUAUUACACAUAUAUACAUGUAGUAAAGAAAAGAAAACAAAAUAUAAUCAAACUAAGGUGUCUGAAGCCAAAUAACAUACGAAUAACACAAAUUCAAAAAUAAACAUGAUAGAAACGUGACAAGUGAAGGAUGUUUGAAAAAAGCGACAAUUAUGAAACAUUGUGUUAACCUUUGAACCGAAAAUCAUCAAUAAUUUGUAGACUACAAAGAAAAAGCCCAACAACAAUAUUAUCAACUAUUUUAUUGUCAUUGUGCAAAUUAUUUAAAAUAAAUUAUUGCAAACAGAAAAGAAAAAUCCUUUGUUGAUUAUUCAGAAAGAGUGAAAGAGAAGAGACUGUUUCUCAGAGAAAUGUAUGUGGGGAGGAACGUUUUGAGAGGCUGAAGGUGCACCGCAGUGCUUCUUCAGCUCCUAAGAGCGCUCUUCUUAACUCUGAGAAGUAGACUCUGUGAAAGAUAGAGAGAGAGAGGAGAGAGAGACAGCAUUGUUUUAGUUUUGCAUAUAUUUUAAGUUUAUUUUUCUUUCAUU